UUUUUCUCACCAUAUAUUUAUGAAAUGCCUUUUCAAAACCUCCAGCUUCCUACAGGCCUAUGCUAUGCCUCAAGACAUUGAAGCAAGUCCAGAUCAAAUAUACACACACAGUACCAUUGAAAUACAUACAAUGUGAUAGGCCUACUAUCGAAUUCGUUCACAGUAUUUUUGAAUGUGCUCUUUUUUAAGUUCUAAAAUGUGUUUUCGCGUGAAACUGAUGGUAGGCACUACAGCUCACACACAUAGAUGCACACCAUUGAUUUUCAUGUGGGGCCUUAGGCAGUGUCUAUACUUUUCAGAUGGCAUGUGAUAUUAUGUCCAAAUGUUGUGAUAUUCACAACAGUUCAAACGUCGUUUAUUUGAAUAGAUACAUUGGUCCCCACGCAUGUGUCUUCACAAAAAAGCCCCCAAGCACUUGCAUAGUAAAAUAAAUGAAUUUCCGUGUGACAUCACAUACAAUAUGCACCUUAGAAUUCUAUUCUUAUCCUUUAUUUGUAUUUUUUAACUUCUGCUUCGGAGGGUGAAUAGGACCGAACAGAUUUCUAAGGGGCCCCAAAAGUUCACCACCAUUAUUUGCGGACAGAGCCAAGAAAAAUGUGAAAAUUAUACAGAAAAAUCAUUAAUCACUUCUUCUCUUUAAACACUUCUUUCCUCUAUUGUCAUUCAGCAGCACAACUGCACGGACCUUCUGCUAGGAGGGGAGAGGAGUCUUGGAAGACACUUGAAGAUACACCCCCCUUCUCAACCCACCACCUUCUUUUUGACCAAGAAAACUUUUUUUCUGGAAGAAAAUCCUCAUAGAAUCCCAACGACAUUGAGAAUCUUUGCAUUACCGAGGAUGGCAGCGACGAAGUUCCCUCAAGCCUUUAGGAAGCUGUAUUCUUGCAUAAAAUUCAGUGAUAAGAAACAACAUAAUCUCGGUCAGCUUCCAAGAGGCCUUUGGAAAGAGACCGUCACGUGACAUCUGGUGCCAAUGUUCUUCCAGAAGGUCAUCAGGACCCUGGUAGCCGGUAACUCCACUUUUGGAAAUGCAGAAAACGACCUACUACGACAACUCAACGCUUUUCGGAGGUUACUCGUACCAAGGGGCCAACGGCUUUGGCUAUGAUGCUCCUCAACCGGCCUUCCAGUCCGCGGCUCACCUCGGCGACUACCAGAGGUCCGCCUGCUCGCUGCAGUCCCUCGGUGGCAACAGCGCUCCUCCCCAGCAGCAUGCCAAGACGAAAGAGCUGAAUGGCAGCUGCAUGCGGCCCAGCCUGCCACCUGAACACCAACCACCACCCCAGGUGUCCCCUCCAGUCAACCCCGCCAACGCCACCAGCAGCAGUGCCACCGCCACCAGCAGCAGUGCCACCGCGCAGCAGCCGGGAGGCAGCGGUGGGGCCGCCAAAUCAGCGCCCAAGACGUACACUCUGUCCACCAACCCCACCCUCAACAAGCAGAUCUUCCCCUGGAUGAAAGAGUCGAGGCAGAAUACUAAGCAAAAAAACAGCUCGCCAAGUGCAAGUUCAGCUAACGCAGAGAGCAGCGGAGGUGAAAAAAGCCCCCCGGGUUCCGCAGUCAAGAGAGCGCGCACCGCAUACACGAGCGCGCAGCUGGUGGAGCUAGAAAAGGAGUUCCAUUUCAACCGUUACCUGUGUAGGCCUCGCCGCGUGGAAAUGGCCAACUUGCUCAACCUCAGCGAGCGCCAGAUCAAGAUUUGGUUCCAGAACCGGCGUAUGAAGUACAAAAAGGAUCAGAAAUGUAAAGGGCUGGGCUCUUCAUCAGGGGGCCCCUCUCCAACCGGAAGCCCACCCCUACCCAUGCAGUCCUCAGCUGGCUUCAUGAACUCCAUGCAUUCCAUGGCAGGCAACUACGACGCCCCCUCCCCGCCAUCUUUUAACAAGUCCCAUCAAAACGCCUAUGCCAUGUCCUCAGCCUACCAAAACCCCAUGAAAAGCUGCCCCUCCCAACAGAAGUAUGCCAACACAGCACCAGAAUACGACCCGCACGGGCUACAGGGUAACAGUGGCAACUAUGGAACUCCCAACAUGCAGGGCAGCCCUGUGUAUGUGGGAGGAAACUACGUGGAGUCGAUGCCCACCUCUGGGCCGUCCAUGUACGGCCUGAAUCAUCUACCACACCACCAGGCUGGGAACAUGGACUACAACGGUGCCACACAGAUGUCAGCAAGCCAACACCAUGGACCGUGCGACCCCCACCCGACAUACACAGAGCUGGCAGCCCACCAUCCUUCUCAGGGUAGAAUCCAGGAAGCUCCCAAGUUAACUCAUCUGUAGUAGCAGGUUUGGGAAAAAAACUAAA